AUGUCUCCCUCGCUCCACCCUCUCCUCGACAACGGCAUCACCAAAGGUGACCCCAACUUCCCCGGUGGUAACCUCUACUGCAAAUGCUCUUCCGACAAGGUCGUUGUUAAGCUGGCCAGCAACGUCGCUCACAACCACGCCUGCGGCUGCUCCAAGUGCUGGAAGCCUGCCGGUUCGCUGUUCUCCAUCGUCGGAGUUGUUCCCCGCGACGCCGUCUCUGUUACCGAACACGCAGAGAAGUUGUCCAUCGUUGACGCGUCCGCUGCCAUCCAGAGAUAUGCCUGCAAGGGCUGCGGGGUGCACAUGUUCGGUCGCAUCGAGAAGGACCACCCCUUCAAGGGCCUAGACUUUGUGCACGCCGAGCUGUCCGAUCAGAAGGGCUGGCAGGAGCCUCAGUUCGCGGGAUUCGUCUCCUCCAUCAUUGAGCAGGGCUUCCACCCCCAGGGCAUGGAGGAGGUGCGCUCCAAGUUCCACUCCCUGGGCCUCGAGACAUAUGAUGCGUUGUCGCCGGCGUUGAUGGAUCUGAUUGCCACGUUCACAGCUCAGAGGGCGGGAGUGUUGUCAGCCAACCUUUAA